AUGGGAUGCUGCCAUUCGUCCUUCCUGAAACCGUCGUACAAAAAAACCUCCGACGACGUUUCCGCCCGUCGUGGCGGCAAGCGCGGUAACAAGCACCACCGUCAUCGUAACAAUAAUGACGCUGUCGACGGCGCCGGAAGGGGAUGGCAUUUCGCCACCGUCCCGGACUUCUCCGAGUUCUCCGCAGCGGAGCUUCGUGAGGCCACGGACAAUUUCAGCGUAAACGCAGUCGUUUCAGUUUGUUCCGACCAAUCACCAAAUGUUGUUUACAAAGGUUGUCUUAGAGACGACAUGCGUCAAAUCGCAAUUAAAAAAUUCUCGAAAUCAACAUGGCCUGAUCCCAAACAAUUCGCUGAAGAAGCUAAGGCUAUAGGAAAAAUGAGGCAUACAAGAAUGGUGAAUCUGAUAGGUUAUUGUUGUGAUGGAGAUGAAAGGUUGCUUGUUUCAGAGUACAUGCCUAAUGACACACUCACAAAGCAUCUAUUUCAUUGGGAGAAACAAACAAUGGAGUGGGAUAUGCGAUUGAGAGUUGCACUUUAUGUAGCUGAAGCUUUAGAAUAUUGCAGACAGAGUGGACACAAACUGUACCAUGAUCUCAAUGCUUAUAGGGUUCUCUUCGAUGAGAAUGGGAAUCCUCGGCUUUCAUGUUUUGGAUGGAUGAAAGAUAGCAAAGAUGGCAAAAACUUCAGCACGAAUCUCGCUUAUACACCGCCUGAGUAUCUUAAAAAUGGUACGUUAAUACCAGAGAGUGUUGUCUUCAGUUUUGGGACGUUUCUUUUGGAUCUUCUUAGUGGCAAACAUGUCCCUCCAAGUCAUGCGGUUGACACAAUUCAGAAGCAAAACUUACCUGUCUUUAUAGAUUCACACCUAGAAGGAAACUAUCCAGAUGAAGAUGCAGCUACAGUAUUUGAUUUGGCUUCUAAAUGCCUCCUGAAUAACCCUAAGGACCGGCCUGAGAUUAAAGCUAUCGUCUCAGUUCUUGCUACACUUCAACACAAACUAGAUGUUCCGUCCUAUACAAUGCUCGGGAUCUUGAAACUGGAAACCCCUGAUACGGAACCAAAGAGCUCUCUAAUCUACGAUGCGUGUCACCGUAUGGACCUCACAGCUCUACAUCAGAUUCUUGAAGCAACGGAGUACAAAGACGACGAGGCUACUUGUGAGCUCUCUUUUCAGCAAUGGGCUCAUCAGAUAAAAGACGUGUGGAACACAAGGCAGCAAGGCGAUUCUGCUUUUCGGAACAAGGAAUUCGAAUCCGCUAUCGAGAAAUACACGCAGUUCCUAGAAACAGGGAUCAUGAUCUCUCCCACUGUUUACGCAAGAAGAAGCGUGUGUCAUCUCUUCUGCGACAAGCCAGAUGCAGCGCUCAGAGAUGCGAUGCAAGUACAGUGCGUCUAUCCCGAAUGGCCCACUGCGUUUUACCUUCAGGCCGUGGCUCUUGCCAAGCUGAACAUGCUCGAAGACUCAGCUUCGAUGCUUAAAGAAGCCUCGAUCUUGGAAGACAAGAGGCUCAUUUCAUAA